GCUACAGACGCCGUCGCGUCGAUUGCCCCGGCAGAAAAAAAGAAAGGGCCCGCCGUGCGCGUUGCCGCUGCUGCAACGACGACCACCACUGUGUUAUUACCGGAGAAGGCCCAACGCAGGCCGAAGCGGAGGGGGGGAAAAGCAGCGCCUGCCUCGCUUCGGACGUCCCAAACGCGGAAACGGUCUCCCGCGAAGCCCCCUCUACUUACAACUGCGCGCGUGCCCCAGUCAUCGCGCCACCACAGCGCUCGUCGAGCGGGAAACUGCUUCGGAUAUACCGUUGUCGACCGCGCAUCACUCCUGCGCGAGGAUUUUUUUGUGAGGCCCGAGAGGGACUUUGCGAGUCGUUCGGCAGAGGCGGCGUUGAUCCUUCGUCGACUGUGUUGACUCGUGGACCACGGAACCUGAAAGGGACUGCGGCGUGGAUAAAACGAGAAGCCGGGUUCGACGAGGGAGCGCUGGAAGGCCCGCUUCAGCCAACCGCGGCCGCCGUGCUGGCAGCGGAGCAGCAGAAGCCGUGUUCACCGAUCGGGAGAGCCGAGAUCCAGGCGAACGAGCGGAGCUGACUCUCGGAAGCCAAUACCCAACAUGGAUGUAGACAGCGUCGCGCUCGAGUCCUUCCUCGAGCUCAACUUUCCGUCCGAUCUAAACUUCUCAACACCAAUCGAGUAUCCACCAUUCAACCCCGCCGAUGUCGUCCUGCAAGCGACAGCGACAACGACUGCCCAACAGCCGACGGCGUCUUCUGCGUCGAGUAGUGCCUUGGCGUUCCAGACGACGCAGCCAGCUCCGGCCAUGGAAGUCGUCGGCGCCGUCUCGAGCACCGUGACCUCCGCGACGUCAUCACCGGUGGCCCAGACAGCUAGUGGGCGUCCCCAGCGGUCGUGUCGACUCCACCCUGACUACAACCUGAGGCCACGCUCGGUCCAGAUUCGCAUUGAGACGGAGCAGCGGCGCAAACAACACCAACAACAGCAGCAACAGCAGCAGCAGAGUCACAAGAGGGAUCCCAAGCCAAAGCAGAAGCCUCCGCCGCUGUCCAAGUACCGUAGGAAAACAGCCAAUGCCCGCGAGCGAUGCCGCAUGCAGGAGAUCAACCGGGCCUUCGAAGAACUCCGGGCUGCCGUACCGAUGCUACCUCCGGCCUGCGUGCCGGACAAGAACGGUGAGAACAGCAAGCUCACCAAGAUCACCACGCUCAGGCUCGCGGUCAACUACAUCGCUGCACUGAGCCAGAUGCUGAGGGAGGCGAACGAAACCGAAGAGAACUCUUCCGAAGUCGACUCGGUGCAGAGCAUCGACUCGCUCGAAUCGAGCCUCGACUUUGGGGACGACCCCCUCCUGAUGAGCUCCGACCUGGUCGGCAUGAUUCUCGAAUCCGACGGCGAAAGUCUCCAGCUCAGCGACGCGCCAACGCCGUGAAAUGGACGCAACAACAGGUCUUGGACGUAAACGAAAGCUUCAGGCCAGCGGUGACGUGUUGUGUACGUUGUCAUGACAGUGUUGCCGGUGUGCGCGCGGGGGCCAUGCUGAUGAAAUUGUGCAAGGUUGAGCAACCGAACCGAGGACAACUCGAUUCUUACGAACUGCCCUGAGCGCUUUCAGAUUCGUCGGUGCUGCGGAACAUCGCGCUGUGUUCGUGCCACACGCAUGGCUCAUGGACUGGCUUUCAAGAGGCGGUUGUUGAGGAAGAUGGACUUUGUGUGAGAUAAGCCGUUCAUUUCUCGGAGCAGGAUCUCCGGAGGAUUGUUGUGCCUUUUGCAUAUAUCCCAACGAAAUUACUUUUUUUUUCUUUUUUGUUUUCACUCCCGUGAUGAUCUGUACAUGAGAAUGCGUCAAACAUAGUGUAAGCAAUUCGACGAAGUUUGGUUUUGCCCAACCCGUCUGGCUUCGUAGCAGUGCCUUGAGAAUCUCAACGCUUUCUUAGAUGCGGAUAACAGCUGAUGCGACGUUCGCUAUACGCACGUGAUGUUCUGUAGAAAACUGUACUCUAACUUUCUUGCUUGCCGCGACGACGCAUUUGACGAACGCUAAUACGGCUUUAUCUCGAUGCUCACAGCGAAGAGUGGAUUCUUCAGCCGUGCCAUAACUGAAGAGCUGGGAAAGCUACUGUUGUGCCACGACCUACACACACGCGAAUGUCGCAUAUGUCCCCGCUCAACGAGAAAUGUAUGGUGAACUUGCAAUCUAGUCCGUCCAAAAGCUAGUUUUCUAUGCCUUGACCGUGCGGUGAUUUAGGAUACGGGAAGCGUCACCACUUAAAGGCGUAAAGCGACGAAUGGAAUCGGGUUUCGAUUGAAGAAUGAACAAGUUCGCAGGGCCGCUACCAAUUCUCCUGUUUAUACGCUUGCCAUACGCUCUUUGACGACCAAUCAAAUUUUGGUAAUACUUCCGCGCUCGAAAACGCAUGCAGUUACCAAGAAGCACCGCCAUUGGAAAAGUUGCCGCGAAAAUUAGCGAACAUAAUUAUCUGGCGCGUCUCUACCAGUCGUCCUUGGAAUCCUCAGGUUGUCGCCGACUAUGUAAAUUUCAAUUUUUCCAAGUUCUAAACGGUUCCGAGCUUCUUGAGGCAAGUCUGCCGCGAAGAAAUUGAAGAAAGAAAAAAGCGCUUUUGAAAAAGCUUUCUGCCCUCUCCAAGCGUGCAUAUCUAAAGUACAGCUAUGUUGAGUAUACAUAUCACCAUACCCUUGUUCAAAUUUGUUUGUUUAUUUGUUGCCUCAGUUCUCUGCAUUUAUCCCUGCAAUCUGCAGUGUUUAGUGAACUCAGCAACAUAACGAACUACGUAGAAUUGACGCUGGGACGAACAGUGACUUAUGUGCAAGCAUGGUUUGAUUUUGAAAAGUGCUUCUAAGCUCUCAUUACUUGCUGGUUUUAUAGACACUCAACGAACGGGUGCCAUAUUGGACAAGCACGACAGGCAUUCGUGUCUCAUCGUCCAUGUUUUACUACUAUACAAUAUGCUAUGCGACUGAAGACGACACAGACAGCGCAACCAAGGUUCGUUUUUGGCGACCUUCUAAAUACAUUCCAGCGUCAACGGCUACUAUCUACCGGUGAAAGAGCAUCGAUGUACACGUGACUUAUUGUUUGUGUUCUCUUGCAAGCUUUCGGUCACAAAUGCGACGUAUUCGUUGAAAACACGCUGGCCGUGGAUUUCAACAUUCGUUCCUCCUUAAAAAACCGGACGAAAGAGUUCGGUGCGCUGCUUUACGGUAUGUCUCUCCGAUCAGCUGAAGGUCGUAGCUUGCACUUUGUAUUCUUGUUGUGUAUUAUAAGAACGAAUGUAAACUCGAGUAUUUGUGACGUUGCGUUUGGUUCGUUACGGAAGCACGUGGAAGAUAAGAUAAAGUGUGUAGUAGAUUGCUAAGCUCGGUAAGGGGGGGGGGGGGGGGGCGCCAAUACUUCAGAUCUAACAAAAGGCCAUGACAGCAUGUUGUAGUCCACAUGUAUAUGGACAAGUAAAAUUACCUGUGGAAGUCGGUGUCACCAUAAUCAAGGCUUAUAGAAAAAAAAGAAGUGUUUCGGC